GUCCACACCUUGUAGCAUUUCCGCUUUAGAUCUAUUGGAAAAAGGUUACAGUUCAAAACAACAAAGAUGUUGAAAUGGCGAUCAAGUGUUUGGCAUAAAUAAGUCGCCUCGGAAAAAAAUGAGAAUUCUGACCUCAGUUUAUUUUAGGAAAAGGUGAGGCAACGGCUAUUCUACAAGUGUUGGCAAUGCUGGGAGCUGUUUAGUGGCAUGAGUGCUUUAAAACCAGUGGGAGUAUUUUGGGACAUAGAGAAUUGCUGUGUCCCCAAAGGAAAGUCAGCACUCAAAAUUAUAGAGCGUAUUCGGGAACUCUUUUUUACGAACUGCCGGGAAGCCGAGUUCAUAUGUGUUUGUGACAUCAACAAAGAAUCUGAUGCAACAAUCAAAGAUUUAAAUGAUGGACAGAUUAAUGUGGUACAUAUCAAUGCAACAGCCAAAAAUGCAGCUGAUGAUAAAAUUCGCCAGAGUUUACGUCGAUUCUCGGAUUCCCACCCACCUGGCACCAAAGUUGUUCUUAUUUCAAGUGACGUGAACUUUGCCUCUGACUUGUCGGAUUUGCGUCACCGUAAAAGAUAUGAGGUUGUGUUGGUACACAAGUCUCAGGUCAGUGAUGCACUGCUCCUGUGUGCUUCGGAACAUUACCUCUAUGAGGAGCUGAUCAGGGAUCUCCCGGACAGGCCGGGAGCAAAGGAGCUGAAGGAUCCUGUACUGGUGGUAACCGGCUACAACAAGGAUGAGCCCCUGGAGCGAGUGCGGACUAUACUCAAGAUGCAUUCCAACAACUGUGGGGGAAAAGUCAUCUCCAUUGGUCCAAUCUUUGCUGUGCUCAAAUUUGAGACUCCGGAAUUGCUAGAGAGGGCAAAGAAACGAAUGACAGGAGAAGAUGUGUAUGGCAGGAAGAUCACUGUUUCAUUGCCAGAAGAGACUCCGUUCUACAAUACUGUGAAAAAACUGACAGUCUCGCACUUGUCUCGGCGGCAGGAAAGUCCUUCCCCCCAGAGACGGUCACCGCGAGAGCGACGCAACAGUAACCGCAGCUACACCCCGGAUGGCUACGAGGGACACUAUGGUCAGGGCUACAAUAACUACGGCAACAACAACAACUAUCAUUAUUCUGGCUAUAGCAAUUACCACCAGCCACAGCCUCAGCGCUAUAGCUAUUCUGAUGUGAACGCACAAAGCAUGGGAGACUUUGCGUUUGUGCCACCACAGGCCGAGUGGAGCAGCAAGGCUUACAAGACACCGGGAGGGCCAGUGAAACAACCAGUGGGCACUCCUAGCUAUUCCAAGCCAACAGGGCAGGGUUUGAGCCCAGGCCAUACGUAUACACUUCCUAAUUCCAAUUCAGAGAAGUACUACCACAAGUCAAGCCCUUCAUCCGACCCUCAGCCUCAGCAUCAGCACACGGAUAAUAGAGCAUCCAUCCCUGGAAUGCCGGACAGCUCGACGUCUAAGUCCUAUGUGAUAGGGGACUUGAGUGGUGCUGCAAGUGGCCAGUCUGGGACCAUUACUGUUUUCAAACCCACAGACAGCGGGAAGAGCUUGGCUGACAUUCCUAUCCCUUCCUUUGGCUUCCGCGAUAUCCCCCCUCCGUCCCUGCCUCCUACCUCCUCAACCAGCACUGCAGCUGCAGGCUCUGUAGCUCCGGGGAGCAGUAAGACAAAUUCUGAUUUGGAUCCCAGGGCCAACGUAUUUGAUCCCAUCAAAUUGGUGGAAACGGCUUCAAUGGACAGUCUUCGUGCCAUAGGUAAGUCGAGUACUUCUGUAGUGCCAUCACUCACAGCAGAUGAGGAUGUGACAGAGGACAAUCGACAACCCCAGACAUACCGCCCCCACUCUGCCGGUCGACUGUACCUGCCCCCUGGAGCACCAAAGGGACCGGUUGGUCACAUCCCCAGCUCAGCCGUCCCAGUCCCUCAGGGCCCUGUCUUCACCGGACAGCCGCCGCAGCAUUCAUCCUAUCCGAGCUUCAAGCCUCGAGGGCAGUCUGUGCCGUCAGUGCCCACGUACGGUCCCGCACCGGGAGGUGCUCCUGCACCGUCUGGAAACCACCAUCAGCUCUCGGCGGAUGACGAGAUCUGUAUCAUGCAUGGCUAUCCCCCUCCCAGCGCUAGUCGUAGUCAAUCUCAGGGUAACUCAGUGUUCAAGAAGCCAGCCUCACCUCACAGGCAGCCAGCAAAACAUCCGAACAACUCGGGGUACAGUCCCCGAAGGCCAAGUCCUGCCUCGCAGAGAAGCCGUGACAUGCGGCACAGUGUGUCCUCUGAUGGGGAAGAGCGGUCGUACAGCCCAACACAAGGGAACUCGUCCAGGCAAACUUUCCGGCCCAGGCUGGCUUCAAACCCUGUCAGUUCGAGUCGAGUGUCAUCGUCCCCUACUGGGCGUGCCCUAUCCCCACUGGCUCAUUCGGUCAACAGACUGAAGGCCAAGCCUCACGGCAGUAACCUGUACAGAGUUCCAACCCCAAAUGAUAUGGGGGACCCGGCUGCUGACUUCAGCCAUCCAGACUUCAACCCCAAGUUGGACCCGUUUGUGGAACUGGUGGUUUCCAAUCUCGACUACAACAUCCACCCUCGUGAAUGGAGGAAGAUCAUCUAUGCUACUUUCCAUCCCCAUGUUAAAAUUCUGAGCAUCCAGGUUCGACUACAGGCGGACAACACAUCAGUUGCCACUGUCCGUCUGCCCUCAGAGCAGGAUGCUCGAUUUGCCAUCACCCAGUUCCAUCGCAGGAAGAUCGGAUAUAAGAGGAUCAAUGUGCAAUUCAAGAGUGACUGCUCGCAAUCGCCGGCUGAAGCGCUCAGGGCGGACACUGUGGCUUUGCUCAUGGAGGCUAAGGACAACAAGAUGGCCCUGUCUCGACUCAUUGAUCUUUUUGAUAAACGGUUCCACAAGACUGUGAGUGUGUCAGACAUCUACAAAAUGCGGGACACAAUCCACAUUCAGGAAACUGGUGGUGCAGGGCGUUGGGUCAAGUUACAGCCAGGUAUUCGUCGCUCACCAACGCCUGUACAAGCGUUGGAUAGUGAGGUCCCUGAAGUGAUUGAGCAGCCAGUGUGCACCAUCCAUUGCGCGGAGGGCAGCGUCCACUACGCUGAAGCUAUCAACUCCUGCAUGCUGCCGAGUGUGCGCGUCUUACGGAAACAUUUCUCCCCUCAGCUGCACUCUCUGCUACUCUCGCACAAUGGGUACAUCCCUCUCAUGAGUUUCCCAGCAUGUUACAGCGCAGAGUUCCAGCCUCUGCUAGUCGCUAAGGAAGGAGGAAUCCCCCUAGAGCAUGUCAUCAGUUGUGUGCCUGGAGUGGAAAUCACAGUGUCGAAGGCUGGGGUCAAGGUCAUUCAGUUCCAGGAAAAUCGAGAUCAGUUUUAUGAUAUGAUGAAGGGCAGCUCUUGGCAGGAGCUGGGCAAGAUCAGCCGUGAGGUGAUGGAGCUACUUCGUCAGCAGACCACCUGCAGCAUGCCUGUGUCAAAGUUCAUCCCAGCCUAUCACCACUACUUUGGCCGACAGUGCCGCGUGGCCGACUAUGGUUAUACCAAACUACAGGAGCUGUUUGAGGCCAUUCCCCAUGCUAUACAGAUCCUGGGCACAGGGGACCGAAAGGCCAUCACCCUGAGCCCCCGGGCUCAGCUCAAGCGCUUCACCACGGACAUCAUCAAGGUGGUCAAAGCUCAGCCGGCUAAGCAGAUGAUGCUGGACGACUUCCCGCAAGCAUAUGAACGUGUGAUGGGCAAGCCUUUAUUUCUACCUCAUUAUGGUGUGGCUUUCAUGGAAGAUGUGCUAAUGGACAUACCGACCACCACACUCAUUGUGAUUGAGGAGAGCAGUCACACUUUAUUGGCCCUGCCAAGAAGGGACCAGACUGCUGAGGAGGUUGAGCGCACCAAGCAGUUCUCUCUGGAGGUGGUCGACCUGCUGAGGCACAACCCCCAGUGCCGCAUGCCCUUCAACAAGUUCAUCCCUGCCUACCACCACCACUUUGGCAGGCAGUGUCGCGUGGCGGAUUAUGGCUUCACCAAACUCACCGAUCUCUUUGAGGCUGUUGGUCAUGUUGUAGAAAUAGAGGAGGAGGGAGAGGAACGUUUGAUUCAACUUUCAGGGCCAGAGCUGAGGAAAGUCGUAUGCGAACAGCUUUCCUCCCUCAUCCGCCCUGUAGGGUCUAUCCCAAUCAACCGACUGCUGACAGAGUUUGCCAAUCACUUUGGUUUCUGCCUCAAGUUGGAGGACUUUGAGGUGGAAUCUCCACGGGCCCUCAUCUCCAAGCUCAGAAACAACUUCAAGAUCGAAGAACAAGAUGGCCAGGAGUGCGUGAGUCUAGUCAAGGAGGUGCACAUCUCACGCCUAGGCCUCCAGGUCAUGCAGCUACUCAUGGAUGAGAGUGGGGGUUGUCUGCCCUUGAUGGAGCUAUGCAUGCGUUACGAGACCCUGCACGGGAAAACUUGCGACAUAGAACAGCUGCGUGAAGACUUGGUGGACUAUGUACAGAUUGACGAGGCUGAGUCUGACACGGGCGGGGUCAUCCGACUGACAUCACAGCAGAUGCUGGGCCGCAACUUGCGUCUUCUGCUGCUGCACCACGAACGAAUCAGCAUGUCGGAGCUGGCUGCCCUCUACCGACAGCAGUAUGGAGUUGAGCUGAGCCCAGCCCUCUAUGGUUUCCAGACUCUUUAUCAGCUGCUGCUGUCUUUCCCACACAUUCUGGAGGUGCGAGGCAAACCCCAUCACAAGUACCUUGUCCUGUCUGACACAUUCGACACCCCGGGCAUGCUUCCCCCUGCCCGAGUCGACAUGCCGUCUCCGCCACACCAGGCGUCGUCCCCACCACAGCAGCAGCAGGCUACGUCUGGGGUACCGAAGUCUCAGGACGCCAGCAAUCUCGGCGGGCCUUUGUUUGACAAUGUCACCAGCAAGGCCUCUCCCCCUUCAAUAGGCCGGACCACAUCUGACCUGCUCUUGUAUGCGGCACAGCAGUGGGAUAACAGCCUGGCCAAACAGAUGUCAAAUCUAGGUGUGAGUGGAUCUGCCCCCAGCCCGUCUAAAGGAAGUCCAGUAAAAGUGUCAGGUGCCCACAUUGCGCCUACUGGAGUCCCUAUUGCUUGGCAAAUGAAGGCUGGGGAGGGACAGAGUCCUGACAAAAUAAUGACCAACGUAAUGAGAGGCAACAUUGGUCUCGUGAACAAUUCAGAAAAUCAAAAUGGAAAUGUCAAGGGUGGUGAAAAAUGCAACCUCCCGUUCAUCCUCGGAAAUGGGAAAUUGCCUGGUAUAAAAACAGAUAUAGACGAAAAAGGAGAUGGGGAGACGGAGACAGCAGCAAGAUCAGGAUCAACUUUCAAGUUGGAAAAUGAGAAGGAAGAGGACAUCUUCUCUUCGACCGAGCCACCGUUGGACACAAGCUCCGCCCACUCCCAGCAUAACUCCUCCUCCCAGAGCUCUUCAUCUGCCUCUCCAAUCAAGCGGAAGACUCGCAUUGCUGCAAAUUUUGGCAAUGCUAUGUAAAGUGCUGUUGCAGAAUUUGCAAGAAGGAUUUUGAAAAAUCACGACAAGCUUUGGUAAUACUGUAUAAAGCUGAAGGGCUAGCAUUAACACUACUGUGUAAAGGAAUUUAUAACAUUUGGGCAUCUUGUGUAAACUAUCACUGUGAACAGAAGCAAUGUUAUGUAAAGCAAUUUUCUGCAAAGUACUGUCACUAACUUCAGCAAUAAUCUCAUUGCUUCAAAUUUUAACAUUCUGUCAAGCAUUGUUGCAGUUAUAUUUGUAAAAGUAUUUCUGCAGCUGAAAACAAAGGUUGCAAAGUCGUGUUUUUGUGGUAUUUUUAUUUUCAUGGUUAGAAAGUUUUUGAAGGGUCCUUGUUUUACUUUUGUGCGGUCAAAAAUUCGUGGCACAACUUAUCCUCAAAUAUCUGUUUAGCAGGUGGAUCAAUGU